GCAGCUCUAACGUUGCCGUGGUGACGCUCUGUGGUAAAUCCUCUUAUCCAGCGACGAAGAAAGCGUUUGUUUUUUCCAAAUCACCGUAUUUAUUUUCUCACAAAACAUCUGAGAGUACAGAUUGACCAUGGCGUCAGUAUUAGAUGCUCUGUGGGAGGACAGAGAUGUUAGAUUUGAUAUCACUGCACAGCAGAUGAAAAGCAGACCAGGCGAGGUUCUCAUUGACUGCCUGGAUUCAAUAGAGGACACGAAGGGAAAUAACGGGGAUAGAGGUAGACUCCUAGUUACCAAUUUAAGGAUAAUCUGGCAUUCACAGGCACUUCCAAGAGUUAACUUGUCUGUGGGAUACAACUGCAUUAUUAAUAUCACCACAAGGACGGCAAACUCAAAACUAAGAGGUCAGACGGAAGCGCUUUACAUAUUGACCAAAUCUAAUAACACUAGAUUUGAGUUCAUAUUCACCAAUGUGGUUCCAGGAAGUCCAAGACUGUUUACAUCUGUUAUUGCUGUUCACAGGGCGUAUGAGACCUCCAAAAUGUAUCGUGAUCUUAAGUUAAGAGGAGCUCUGAUACAGAAUAAACAGCUGAGACUUCUGCCACAGGAGGAGGUUUAUCAUAAAAUUAAUGGAGUCUGGAAUCUCUCUAGUGAUCAGGGUAAUCUCGGUACGUUUUUUAUCACAAACGUGAGGAUCGUGUGGCAUGCCAACAUGAACGAGAGCUUCAACGUCAGCAUUCCAUAUCUGCAGAUUCGUUCCAUACGGAUUCGAGAUUCUAAAUUUGGACUUGCUCUUGUCAUUGAAAGCUCACAGCAAACAGGAGGAUAUGUGCUGGGAUUCAAGAUCGAUCCGAUGGACAAGUUACAAGACGCGGUGAAGGAAAUCAACUCGUUACAUAAAGUGUACUCGGCAAACCCUAUCUUUGGUGUUGAAUAUGAGAUGGAGGAAAAGCCUCAGCCGCUGGAGGAAUUGACUGUAGAGCAACUUCCAGACGAUGUGGAGAUUGAACCAGAUGAGCACACCGAUGCAUUUACUGCUUACUUUGCAGAUGGAAAUAAGCAACAUGAUCGUGAAGCAGUGUUUUCUGAAGAGCUGGGUUUGGCUGUAGAGAAACUGAAGGAUGGAUUUACACUACAGGGACUUUGGGAAGUCAUGGGAUAAAACAGGGAAAUGAAAUGAGACUGUGUGACCAUUAGAUGUACAGCUGUACAGUAAAAGAUUGACACUUAGAGAUGGAAUUAAAUUGUUUCAUAUUGUUUUCAUACAUCAUUAAGUGUUUUCUCCAUUAUUUAUAUUAGAAUUCAAACUCAAUAUCACGGCUGUCAAACAAUUUAUCGCGCACACAUAUUAUACUAUAUAUAAAUAAAACAAAUUUGUUUAUAAAAAAUCUUACAUUUAUAUAUAUAUAUAUAUGUAUAUGUAUAUACACACACAGUAAACACACCUAUAUUAUGCAAAUACAAACUUUUAUUUUGUAUGCAAUUAAUCACAACAAAAUUGUUUGACAGCCAUACUUUAUAUACUGUAUGAUAUUAUUUAUUUGGUAUAUGAUGUCUGAUAAUGAACAUAUGAACAUGUCUUGGACCAAGUUUAGGAAUAUAUUACUUUAUAAUAUGAAUGUAUCCAUAAAGGUAUAUUUAUACUUGUACAAUAAAUGCAAAAUAUGACUUGUGCAUUAGAACAUAAGCUUUUUGUGUAAAGAACAUGCAGAUGUUGCAGUUGUUCUGUAAUAAAAAAGUUUAUGAGAAUGACAUGUUAUGUUAUAUCUCUUACCAGAAGAAAGGAUUGACUUGUUUUAGGGAUAGUUCACCCAAAAAUGAAAUCUUUGUCACUUUUUACUCACCCUCAUGUUGUAUAUUUUAGGUUUGGUGAAAAACAAACUAAUAUAUAAUCUAUUAUUUGAUGAAAGUCUUGACCUGUUUCUCUUUCAGCACACAUUCUCUGUCUGAACUGUUGUUUAUUUUACGAAUUUUAAAUCAUGUAAAACAACCAAAGUAAAUGACUUCAGGACACUUUAAAUAUAUGACAGAAUUCAAGUGAUCUAUUUAAUACUUUUGAGUCCACCUCGGUCACCAACCACUCCCAUUAUAACCAAAAAACCCAAAACAUCACUUUUGAGAAAUCUGUGUUUGGGUUUUAAAAAACAAAGCAAGACGUUGGAAGUUCUAGUGACAUGGCCGUGAGUAAAUAAUGAUGACAUUUUUGUUUUUUUGGGUAAACUAUCCCUUUAGACCAGUGGUUCUCAAACUUUUCCGGCGUGCGCCCCCCCUUGGAUACGGUGCAUCCCCCCUUGGGUAAAUUUAUGACAUAAAACAUUCUAAAACGUAAUAAUUUGAAUUAAACAAAACAUAUUCAAUCAUACAAAGUAUUGCUGUUGGUUAGUAGCCUUAUUUUUCUGAUGUUUCAUUACACAGAAUUUAUGAUAAAUUAAUGUAUUGUAUAAAAUAUCAUAAAAGUGGGGCCCACCUGGCACCAUCUCGCGGCCCCCAGUUUGAGAACCACUGAUUUAGACAACAUUUAAUAAGUUAAAAAAUAAGAAGGAUUUAUUUAAAGGAAUUAAAAACUUAGCGUCAUGUGUCUCUCCAGUGUACACCAAGAUAGUAAAGGUUUUAAGGUGACAGAGUUUCUAUUCUGGACUAAACUCUCUCUUUAAAUAGAUAUACUGACAUGAAUGAUCGGCACACGAGUUGAGUCACAGUAUUAGUCAGAUGUUUUCAAAAGUGCAUGGUAC